AUGGAAGAAACAAAAGCCACAGAAAUCGCGUCUUUCCCUCCUAAUUACCUACUCGAAAACAUCGUUGUUCGACACGAUGGAUCAAUAAUCAUCACCGCCUACAAUCAGAGAGAGCUGUACUACCUGACAAACCCAGACCUGGGUCCAGUGAAACCUCGCCUCAUCCACACGUUUGAGCACUAUCCCACAGGUAUCGUUGAAGGACAGCCUGACGUGUUCUACAUAUCCACGAUUACGAUCAUGCGAGACAAAGACGAAAAGGGGCCAUGUCGGUUGUACAAACUGGACAUGCGCAAGUUCAAGUCUGACAAAUCCCCUAUACCAGAACUUUUUCUCACGUUCCCUGCCGAGGCGCGCGGGCUAAACGGGUCCUGCGCGUUAUCUCGAUCAGUGUUUUUACUCGCAGAUUCAUGGUCAAGCCAAAUCUGGCGCGUUGAUAUCCCAGAAGAAGGAAAAGGAGGAGGCCCACCAUCAGUGAGAAGCUGGCACAAACACGACAUGAUGGACCGAAGUACAGAUCCGCGAAAAGCCGACGUCCCCGGAGUCAACGGCAUAAAAUACCAUUCUGGCACGCAUCACGUAUACUUUACGACUACAUCGCAAACCAUCUUCGCCAGCAUCAAGGUCAACCCUGACACGCUGGAGUCCAUUGGCGAUCCUGUCGAGGUGACAGAUCGGUGGAUGUGGGCGGACGACUUUAUCAUCGACGAGAUCGCCAAUGUUGCAUACGUCACCACGCACCGGCAAAACAGUAUUGAGCAGAUCGAUCUCAAAACCGGUGCGCAGCGGACCUGCAUUGGGACGCCGGUCAGACCGGAUUUACUGCUGGGCCCUACGUGUGGCGCGUGGACUCAGAAUCCAGAGGAUCAUGGCCGUCGUGCGUAUUUUUUAACUGAAGGAGGCCAUAUGAAUCCGUACGAGGGGGUUUUUAGGAAUGCCAAGGUCCUUCGUGUUGAGUUUUCUGAUGCUGGUCGCAGCAGUACGGGUCUAAUAGGGACACUAUACCAGUGGUUUCAAAUGGCCAAGUCUGUGUUUAAUUGA